AAGGAGACGCGUGGCUGUCGGGAGAUCCUUUUCAUUUCCUUACAAAGGACACUGAGGUCUGCCUGCAGAUAAUGAGGAUAACUAAGAACCCUACAGGCUGAGUUUUUGUUUUUUUUUUUCCUCCAGAUAAUUAGUGAGAAGAGGUAAUAUAAGAAGACUAAACCUUUGCCGUAAUGAACACCACACACCAUCACGGACUGAUCUAUGGUUACAACAUCACCGGACAAGUCCCAGGCACGUUGCCACUUGACGGGGACUCGGAGGAGAAGGACUCGUCAACAGGAUGCUACGAGCAGCUGCUGAUUUCCACCGAGGUGUUCCUCACUUUGGGCAUUGUCAGCCUGCUGGAGAACAUCUUGGUGGUGGCAGCCAUCGCCAAAAACAAGAACCUUCACUCUCCUAUGUACUUAUUCAUCUGUAGCCUGGCAGUGGCUGACAUGCUGGUCAGUGUCUCCAAUGCUUCAGAGACCAUCUUCAUAGCGCUCGUCAACGGGGGCGAUCUGACCAUUCCCGUCACGCUGAUCAAGAGCAUGGACAAUGUUUUCGACUCAAUGAUCUGCAGCUCCCUACUGGCGUCCAUCUGCAGCCUGCUUUCCAUCGCCAUUGACCGAUACAUCACCAUCUUCUACGCACUGCGGUACCACAACAUUGUCACUCUCCGGCGGGCGACGCUGGUCAUCAGCGGCAUCUGGACGUGUUGCAUCGUGUCCGGCAUCCUGUUCAUUAUCUACUCCGAGAGCACCACUGUGCUCAUCUGCCUCAUCACCAUGUUCUUCACCAUGCUGGUGCUCAUGGCUUCGCUCUACAUUCACAUGUUCCUGCUUGCACGCUUGCACAUGAAGCGGAUCGCCGCCCUGCCCGGCAACGCCCCCAUACAGCAGCGGGCAAACAUGAAGGGCGCCAUCACUCUGACCAUCCUUCUCGGCGUGUUCGUGGUGUGCUGGGCGCCUUUUUUCCUCCACCUCAUCCUGAUGAUCACCUGUCCCCGAAACCCGUACUGCACCUGCUUCAUGUCUCACUUCAACAUGUACCUCAUCCUCAUCAUGUGCAACUCAGUCAUCGACCCCAUUAUCUACGCCUUCCGCAGCCAGGAGAUGAGAAAAACCUUCAAGGAGAUUUUCUGCUGCGUUAAUACACUCGUGUGCCCAUGAGCCACCUCGGUUUGGCGUGUAUUUUGCGCUGUAACCACUGUGCACUGAUCUGGUUCUGUUCUAACUCAAUCGGCUGUAAAUGAUUGAUAGGUGAAGCUCUCACGUCUGUUGUGAAUCGCUUUGCCUCAGAGGUAGGUGUGCAACACUGUGUAAAAUAGCAAGUGCAUCAGCAAUGUGACAAAUUCCCUUAUUGUUUUUGCAGCAAAUGCAGUUUUAAAGUGCAAUUUU